AUGAUCAAGGAGCUAAUAAAUAGUUUCGUCUCUCCUUCUGAGGGCGGGAAUGGGAAAGAAAGCACAAAUUCCUCACAUUCUGACUCUAAAUCAAAAAAUCCCGUGUAUCAGUUCAAGUUGGUAAUACUCGGUGACGCAUCAGUUGGCAAAAGCUGCCUUGUUGGCCGAUUUGUCAAAAAUACUUUCAUGGAAUUCCAAGAAUCCACCAUCGGAGCUGCUUUUAUGACACAAACUGUAAAAUUAGAUGAUUGUAACGUUAAAUUUGAAAUUUGGGAUACCGCAGGGCAAGAGCGUUAUAGAACAUUGGCUCCAAUGUAUUAUAGGGGAUCUGCUGCUGCAAUAAUUGUCUAUGAUAUUACUUUGAAGGACUCUUUUGAUCAGGCUAAAAGCUGGAUAAAAGAACUUAAAUCUCAUGUGGAACCAAAUAUUAUAUUAGCACUUGCCGGUAAUAAAGCUGAUUUAGAAGAUCGCAAAGUAGAUACUGAUGUACGUGCAUUCUUUAACCUACUUACUAUGGUGCAGGAUUUUGCCUCAGCUAAUAAUUGUUUAUUUAUGGAAACGUCUGCUAAAACUGGUCAAAAUGUGCACAAACUCUUUACUGAAAUUGCUGAUAUAAGUUACUGGUUACCUAUAAUUUAUUUGAUUAUUUGUUUGACUUCGGUUUUAGCUAAAUUGAUACCGAAGUGUAAGAGGUUAAGUGAGUUUCAUGAUGGGUUUAAGAUGGAGAACCGAACGAGCCUGAACAAGUUUAAAUGCUGUAAUAACUAA